UCUGCUAGCGAAGAUACAGUUUGUUUGAAGAUGUGGGGGUUAACGUGCUUCACUUUGGUCCUGCUCCUAUGUAUUACAGGUUCACUUUCUCAGUUGAAUGUUUGUGGACGUGCCCCUUUAAACUCCCGUAUUGUGGGUGGUGUAGAUGCCCCUGAGGGGGCAUGGCCGUGGCAGGUCAGUCUGCAGAGCUCCACCUAUGGAGGUCAUUUUUGCGGAGGAUCCCUUAUCAACAGUGAAUGGGUGAUGACGGCAGCUCACUGUAUGCCUGGUGUCAGCACAUCCAAUCUGCUAGUGUACUUAGGAAAGAGGACACUGCAGGGAGUUAAUACAUAUGAAAUCAAAAGAAAUGUUGCCAAAUUCAUCGUUCACCCCUCCUACAACAGCAACACAAAUGACAAUGACAUCGCUCUGCUGCACCUAUCCUCCCCAGUCACCUUUAAUGACUACAUUAGACCCGUGUGUCUGGCAGCCCAGAACAGCAGCUUCCCUUCUGGCACCAGCAGCUGGAUCACAGGCUGGGGAGAUGUUGCAUCUGGAGUGAGCUUAUCUGCUCCUGGGACUCUGCAGGAGACUAUGGUUCCAGUAGUGGGUAAUUCUCAAUGUAAUAAUCUUCUUGGUGCUGGAUCUGUCACCAACAACAUGAUAUGUGCUGGUUUACUGCAGGGAGGCAAAGACACCUGUCAGGGGGACUCUGGAGGGCCAAUGGUGAGCCAGUAUUGUUCAGUGUGGGUUCAGUCUGGUAUCACCAGCUGGGGUUAUGGUUGUGCUGACCCCAACACACCUGGUGUGUACACACGCGUGUCACAGUACCAGAGCUGGAUCAUGAACUCCAUCAACCAGAACCUUCCAGGAUUCAUCACAUUCAGCCCUACAAGCUCAUGCCAACCUGCUUCUACUACAUCACCUGCUACAACUACCACAUCUGCUUCAACUACGGCUCCUACUACAACUACCUUACCACCUCCACCCUUUGAAUCCUCAAACUCCUGUCGUGGCAGAUGUGGUAAGAUGGCUGACAUCCACAACCGCUGCAAUUGCAAUAUUCGUUGCCGCAUUAACUGCUGCAGAGAUUAUAAAAAGCAGUGCUUUUGAAUUAGUAAUAACUCUUGGUCUGCACAGGCUUCUAAACACCUUCUCACCUGCCCACAGACAUUUCUCAUCAGUUCAUUUCUACAUAAAUGUGUCCAGUUUGUUUAUAAAUUCCGCCCAACAUAUUAUACACCAAGUACAGCUCUUACAGCAAAAUAUUUCUUUAAAUCAGCACAGAAUAACUCAAAUUUAAUUACUGUAUAUGUAAACCACAAAGCUAACAAAAUGAUAUGUAAUUUGUUUCUUAUAUGCAAUUAGAAUUAUAUAUCUCACACCAUGCUGGUUUGAUUAAGUUGCAGUGUGUAAAGAAGGCUUUUAUCAAAC